UGCCGCGUUUACGUUCUCACAGCCUAGAGCCCACCUUUAUCUUCCUUGCUCCUCUUCCUCCUCCUUCGUCUUCGGAUACCUUACAGUCCUUUGCUUCAGGCCGGUCCUCUCUCCUUUUUGCCCGCUGCGCAGGACGUCGACAUACGCAGCGCCCGUCAAACCGUCCAUGUCCAAUAAGUGGAAGCGCGCCUCCAGCCUCGACUUCUCCGACGGCAAGAUACCGCCCCUGUCCCAGCACCCCGACAUGGCCAAUCCGUUCGCCGACAACGGGCUCGAGCCCAGUCACUUGCAGCGCAAUAAGACCGAGCGCAGACGUCUGCAGCCCCUCCAGAGGACGAACACCACUAGUUCGAUGCCCGCAGCCCCGUACAGGCCUACGGGAUGGAUGGAACGAUUCAACGUCUGGAUGAUUAACGAGGGUGGAAAGAGGCUGUUCUUCAUCUUCUUCAUCCUCCUCCACGUCCUCGUCAUCCUCUUCGGUGCAUUCUACUACGGUACGAGCGAUGACUUGGUAGGCGCCCGCGCAACCUUCCAUGUGACGUAUCCGAUUGCCCGUGGUGCCGCCCUCGUCCUCCAUGUCGAGGUUGCGUUCAUCCUCCUGCCCGUCUGCCGGAACUUCAUCUCCCUCCUCCGUCGGACGCCUCUCAACCACUACAUUCCUUUCGACAAGAACAUCACGUUCCACAAGGCCGUCGGAUGGGGCAUCUGCUUCUUCUCCUUCGUCCACAUCGCCGCGCACAUGGUCAACUUCACCGAGCUAGCCUUCGUUGACCCACUCGCGGACACCCCCGGCAAGCGUUUCGUUGCCUUCCUCGAGGCCAACUUCAUCACUGGCCCUGGUCUUACCGGCUGGAUCAUGACCGUUGCUCUUGGUAUCAUGGCCUGGUACGCACGGGAGAAGCCUCGCCGUGCCAACUUCGAGCGGUUCUGGUACUCGCACCACCUCUUCCUCGUCUUCUUCCUCAACUGGCAGCUCCAUGGUAUGUUCUGCAUGAUCCAGCCUGAUCGUGCGCCCUUCUGCUCGUGGAACACGAUCGGUGUCUUCUGGCGUUACUGGCUCGUCGGUGGUUGCAUCUUCACGUUCGAGCGUAUCCUUCGUGAGGUUCGCUCGCGCCACCGCACCUACAUCUCCAAGGUCAUCCAGCACCCGUCCAAUGUCAUUGAGCUUCAGAUCAAAAAGGAGAAUACCCCUACGCGUGCAGGCCAGUACAUCUUCCUUCACUGCCCUGAGGUCUCGUACUUCCAGUGGCACCCGUUUACGCUCACCAGCGCUCCUGAGGAGGACUACAUCUCGGUGCAUAUUCGUGUCGUUGGUGACUUCACCCGCGCGCUCGGCGAGGCGGUCGGUGCCGACUUCAGCAAGGAGAAAGGUGGAGACAGUGGCAAGCUCAUCGGCACGGCGGCCAACCCUCCUGUCAACCGUGUCUUGCCGCGCGUUAUGGUCGACGGUCCGUUUGGUUCGGCUUCGGAGGAUUUCCUCAAUUUCGAGACGGUCCUGCUCGUCGGCGCCGGUAUUGGUGUGACACCGUUCGCUUCUAUUCUGAAGUCCGUAUGGUACCGCAUGAACAACCUCGACAGGUCGAAGCCCACGCGUCUGUCGAAGGUCUACUUUACCUGGGUCAUCCGUGACUUUGGCUCCGCCGAGUGGUUCCACUCUCUGCUGCAGGCUAUCGAGGAGCAGGAUACUCAGAACCGGAUUGAAAUCAACAUUUACCUGACUGCAAAGAUUAAGGAGGAUGACAUGAACAACAUCAUUGUCCAGGACGUCGGUGCCGAGAAGGACGCUAUCACGUCUCUCCGUGCCCCCACGCACUAUGGUCGCCCCAACUGGGACAGGGUUUUCAGCUCUAUCGCGGAGAAGCAUCCCGAGACGGAUGUCGGUGUAUUCUUCUGCGGGCCCGGGGCGCUCUCGAAGCAGCUCCACAUCUGUUCGAACAAAUACUCGACGCCCGAAGGCACCAGGUUCUUCUUCGGCAAGGAGAACUUCUGAGCGCGCGGGGGAGGGCUUCCUGCGGCGCUACGUCUGGUCGGGAAUGUUGGACUUGUGUAUUAUUAUCUCGUCUUGGAGCAAGCUCCGGACGCCUGUACUUGUCGGUCGUUUGCGCAUCUAUAAUCUUGGUAAUUGCCAUCGGUACUGCCACGCACUCCGGGUCUCAGGCUAUUAGAGGACUAUCUUAGAAGCGUCACCAUUGAAUGACCUUGUGUAUGCGUUCGGGAAGCGAAGCUACAGCA